CCAAAUUUUUCGUUCUAGAUCUCAAAUGUUGAAACUCAACUUAUGAUAUUUGUUCUCAAUGAGGUCACUGAAGCAGCAAGUCCUAUUUUUAUUCAUUUCCACAGUAUUAUGCAACUACGGUUCUCUUCAACGAGGUCUUAUCACAUCGGGUCCAUGCACAUUUCCACUGCCACACUCUGCCAAUUUCAGCGUUUUCUGUCAGAUACCGUAUCACAAGACAUCGUACGUCUGCGAUCCGGGUGGUAUCCUCUCGCGGACCGAGGUCGAGAUGUUGCAGACGACGGCCAUCAAGUUGAAUAUGACGUCAUGUUUUUGCAGUAAAUUUGAAAAUUGCCAGCCAGGGAUUCGUAUAGCCGUAGUUCUUCUUCCAUUUGUUAGCUGGAAUAGUAUUCGAGAAUGUGAUCCCACUUACACGUCAUCAUCGAUAUCCACGUCGACAAUUUUAUAUGCGCAGUUGUUGUCGCUGCGGUGGCAAGAGCACUGUGACGCUGACGUCAUCUUCGUCUACAUCCAAAGUUGGCAGCCCGAACGACUUCGAACUCCGCUGCUCAUUCCACUUUUCGGAAACCAGUGGCCACAUCUUCGCAGAUUCUCCAUCCCAAUCGUCACGUCGGCCAGGGAGACGACGCUAACCUCGCUGGAAAACGCCAUGUCACACGCCAGCCGACUAAUCCACGUGGAUUUGUCGCCGGCUCACGCGGCGAUUCCACGUUGGGCUCUCGCGUUUGGUGGAAUAAUGCUGUCAGUUGUGGUCGCGGCGAUGUACGUGGCAAAUUGUAUUAGUGAAAAAAUGGGUCAAAGGCGGCAAAAAUCGCUGGUCCCAAAACGUGGAAACGAGAAGUUCCGGGCGGGAUUCGGAGGCGGAGUGAUGAUGAAUAGCUCGGGGAGCCAGAAGAAAAAGUCGGUGAUGAUGUUCCGGACGUUCUCAAAGAAUAAUCAUAACAAUAAUAAUAAUAAUAACAAUAAUCGAUUAUGAGUGUUUUUUUUCGGGUUUUUAAAAUAAAGACUAGCUUGCCUUUUUCUUAUCCCUUCUUAUUUCAUAAUAUUUUGAAUAAAUAAAAGAUUGCGAAAUUCCUA